CUGUGGCGGGAGGAGGAGGAGGAGGAGGAGUGGGGGGGGGGAAGGUGGAAAUGGGUGGGAAGGGUCGUCGUCGUCUCCGCCGCCUCCUCCUCCUCCUCCUCCUCCUUCCUGUCCUGGCUUCGGCUCCUUCCUCCCUCCCACGGUGAGGAACUGCCCUUUGUAUGCUUCUCCAUCCCGGGUGCCAUGGAGAGGGUCACCGAUUCCUGAAAGUUGGGAUGCAGCGGCGGAGGGGCGCGAUGCAAAGGCUGCAAAGGGAAGCACAAACUCCAUGGAAAUGGAGCAGAGGAAAACCGGAUGAAAGAAAUAGGAUUGUAAAUUUUCCCCAGUUUUGUCUGCAGUGGUACUGACCACAAUCGGGAGCCCCUGUAGGAUCCAGGACUGCAAUAAAAAGAAGGCAGAAGAUAUGCCAUCCGGUGUACUUUCUAGGAGGAUUCAGAUUGUCCAGCCAGCAACUAAGAUGGCAUCAUGUCACCUGUGGGGGCCAAAGCCCUUCACAAACCAAGGGGAAAGAAACUCUCGUAUUCUCCAUGGGGAAACUGCAAAAAACAUCCUGACAGGGGCAGCUCUACUGCAAAACAAACAGGGACUGGACAUAGGCUUGCCAGAGAGCCAGAAAACUCAACAGCAGAAAGGAUUGGCGAUGGUGCCUUCUCUUUAUUCUGUUUGGAGACCAUCAAGGUUGUUUGAGUCGGUCUCUGAGGAGGACAUGAUGGCGUUCAAGGCUUCCUAUCGGAUGAUGAAACAGCCCAACCAGUUGUCCAAGGAAGGGCGUCCAAUGGAGAGGCCCAUCAUGCAGGGCACCAGCAGGGAACCACAGAAAGCCCCCGAGAACUUGGCAAAAUCGGGGCCUUUGAAAGAGCAGACCUUGACUGAGGUUGACCCUGAUAGCUUGGAGAUAAAACGCCAACAUUUCCGGCAUUUCUGCUACCAGGAAAUCGAGGGCCCUCGAGCGGUCUUGAACGAGCUCCAGGAGCUUUGUCGCCAGUGGCUUCUGCCGGAGAGGCGCACCAAGGAACAAAUUGUGGAUCUGGUGAUCCUGGAGCAGUUCCUGACUAUCUUGCCACUAGAGAUGCAGAUCUGGGUCUGUAAAAGUGGUCCGGUUACAUGUUCUCAGGCCUUGGCCCUAGCAGAAAAGUUCCUCCUUCGGUUGCAAGAAACGGAGUCUUGUAAACAAAAGGUGCCUGGACUUCUAGAGGAGGAAUUGGUGAAUUCCCCCACAUCUGAAUGUGGUCCCUCAGAUACUGUGGAAAGCUGUAUCUCCAUAGAUGAGGAGGAAGAUGAAGCCAUCUUGGAACCUAAGGAAUCUGCACAGGACAACCAGAAGCAAAACAGCCUUCUGCUGGGAAUAUCGGAGCCAAUGGAAUGGGGCAUUCCCUUAGAAAAAAUCACAGGAAAGUUGAUAUCCAAUCCUCAGCUAGAAGACAUUCAUAGGAGCCACCAGGUGCACUAUCCAGGGAAAAGUAUAAAACAGGCUCGCCGUUUGGGUGAAAGUGAGAAGAGCUGUCAAGAGGCACCUGUCAGUCAGAAGAAGAAGAAGACGACGACAACCAAGGCCAUGGCUGAAAAUGGCCUCUGCCCAAGCCUGGGUUUCUUUAAGAAUCGGAAGGUACAGACUGAGAAAGUGCAGCGAUGCAGCCCUUGUGAGGAACGGUUGUCUAAAAAGUCAAGCUCAGGGAUGCAGGAGAAAGCCAGUGCUGGAGAGCAGCCAUCGAAAGGCUGGCCGCGUGAGAGUGACUUGCCCAAGCGUAGCGCGGCCCUAAGACGGGACGAAGAAGGACCCGAAAACCAAGAGAUGGUCUGCAAGUGUAAGGCUAAGAGGAAAAGCCCUGAGAGCAGACGUUUGCCUCAGCCCAGCUCUGCUCACUUGGGAGCGCUGCCGAAAGGAGAAAAGCCGGCCAAAGGCACCACCUGCCGGAAGAGGCUCUCCUGGGAAUCUCCUUUUCCGAGUCUUGACAAAACUGACCUGGGAGGAAAACCGCACCAGUGCUUUGAAUGUGGCAAGAGUUUUAGCCAGAAAGGCAACCUCAACAUCCACAAGAAAUCCCACACGGGGGAGAAGCCGUACCCUUGCUUGGAGUGUGGGAAGCGCUUCGUGACGAACUCUCGGCUGCUGACCCACAAGCGGGUGCACACGGGCGAGAAGCCAUACAACUGUUCGUACUGUGGCAACAACUUCAGCCAGCUGGCGCACCUGGUUCAGCACCAGCGGAGGCACACCGGGGAGAAGCCGUACAGCUGCCCCUACUGUGGGAAGAGCUUCAGCGUCAAAGCCAACCUGAUCACGCACCAACGCACCCACACGGGGGAGAAGCCGUACGAGUGCUCCGAGUGCCCCAAAAGUUUCGUUUCCAGCUCUGAUCUUAAAAAACAUAAAAAGGUGCACACUGUAUAGGUGUGUCCAUGAGUAGACAUAAGAAUGAUCACCUUCGUUCUCCCCUUUAUAGUAGGUGGAGACCCCCUUGAGUAUUUUUAGUGCACUGUGAGGAUUAAAAUAAUAAAGGCUCCUUUUUAAAAAAAAAACCCACAAAAACAGAUUGAUCCGGCUUGUGCAUCUUACAUUUUUUGCUCUCCUCUCUUCUACAAGGUAUGUUUUUAUUGAUCCCACUCUGUGUGUUGUUUUUUUUGUCUACCUUUGACUAUUCUGAGAAAGGGUGACUUUAAGAAUACAUCAUUUUCUGCCAUUGGAUGCAAAAUGUCCAUCAGUAGUGCAGGCAGCUUUAAAGGCCGCUGCACAAAUGGGGUGGAGGUGGGGCUAUCAGUGGCUGCUUGGUGGCUCUUUGCUAUUUUCUUUUCUCUCUCCGCCUCUUUUAAAUACCAGUUGUUGGGGAACCCCAAGAGGAAUGAUUUAUAGUCCCUCUGUUCAUGCUGGUGAGUUUCCAGAUUGGCUGCUGCAUAUUUAUAGAAUCCUGGGCUAGGCUCCUGAUUUAUUAUUUUUAAAACAUAUUUCUAACCCACAAAGUAUGUUGAGUGCUUACAUCGAAAUAAAAUUUACGUUAGAUUUAUUUAUCUGAUCCAGGAUACAUUUCCAUAGCUAACCUAGACAAUUGCUGGGUAUUUGGGGGGGGGGGAGAUCUGGAAUCUACACUUCUACUAGUUAUCAAAGUUGGAAAUCAUUAAUCUACAUUAGUGUUUUCUAACCACACAACUUGAAGAUGUGGAGACUUUAGCUGCCAAUUUCCAUACUAGCUGGGGAACUCUGAGAGCUGAAAUUGCCAAGUUUGAGAAAUACUGGUCUACACAAUGCACUUCCUUAAAGUGCCCUUGAAGGUGGUGCUAGAUUGCAGUUCCCAUCAGCCAUGCCAAGCUUUGAGUAGCACGUUGGGAGUGCAUUUAGCCAGGCCCAUCCUGGCAGCCAUUUUGGGAGACAUGGUCCAGAGUUUGCCUCCUUUUAAUCUGGUGCUCAACCUAUUUUCAGAAGCCGAGACAGAAAAAGAAUUGAGAGAUUUCUUUCCUAAACCAGAGGGAGCAUCACAAGCACGGGUAAUCCUCGACUUCCGUACUUGUGAUAUUCAUUUAGUGACCUUUCAAAGACACUGAAAAAAAGUGACUUAUAAUUUCCCUCUUACAACCCUGGCAGCUUCUCCAUUGUCACGUGGUGUACAUUUGAUGGCUGACUCGCAUGAGGAUUGCAGUGUCCCAGUCAUGCGAUCACCCUUUUGUGACCUGACAAAGUCAAUGGGGAAACCAGAUUUAUUUAACAACCACGUUACUAAUUUAAGAACUGCAAGUGAUUCACUUAACAGAUGCAGCGGGGAAAUAAAGUCCUAAAAUGGGACCUAGCAACAGAAAUUUUGGCCUCUAUUGUGGUUGUAAGUUGAGUCCUGCCUUCUGGAUCAAAAGAGGAAAACUCCCAACUACUGUCAAAAAAGGGUCUUUUGAGGGGUGGGGGUUGGGGUUUGUUGUCUUCAUGAUCCACUAAAAUCCCCAAAACUAUUCUAACCAAGCAACCUAAGUAUGUAAGAUUGUGUUUUGCAAAUCCAGAAAGUUGGUUUGAGUUACACAUUACAUAUUAUUGUGUUUCCGAUCACACUUGACCAAUAAAGGAUUCUGUACUAUUUA